AUGCCAGAAGCUGCUGUCCUUUAUCAAUACCUCAAAAAGCAUUCAUCACUCUCCGUGUUGGUGGCCGUAGCAUCACUCUCCUAUUUGACCAUUAGUGAAGUUUUAACCCGAUACUUUAACUUGUCUUCGAUGACAAAUUCAUCUUCAUGUCCAAAUAAUAGUAUAUUGGGUAAUUCACUUUCCGAAUAUUUAAAACAAGAUAAAGAACAUGUUCAUAUUGUAGGAGGAGGAAUUUCUGGUUUAUUGAUGGGAUUUAUGUGUAAGGAAUUGAAAAUUCCCUUCACAAUUUAUGAAGCCAAUGAAAAUUCGUGUGGUGGCUUGUUGGGAAGUGAAAGAAUUGCAUUCAAUCAUGAUGAAGAGUGGAUGAUUGCGGAGAAAGCAGCAAAUGGUGUAAUGUGGACUCCUCAAGUGGAAUUGUUGUGUGAAAGGAUUGGAUUGAUGGAAAGAGUUUUGUCAACCAAGAAGGAGGCGAAAGCAAGGUUUUUUGUUAGGAAUGGAAAGUUGACUCAAUUUCCUAUCAGUUAUUUGUCAGUGUUUAAUUUGUUGACUUGGAGAAUGUGGAAAUUGCCAGUGAAUAGCUCAUUCCAAAGUUUGGAUGAUUAUUUUGGAUUUUAUUUUGGUGAGGAAAUUAAGAAUCAAUUUUUGGAACCUGCAUUUGCUGGAAUUUUUGGAACGACUCUGAAUAAUUUAUCAGUUUUUGGCACAACUGAAAUAUUUCCAAAAUUAUUGAGUCAAUCUUUGAGUUUUCCAAUUUCGUACAUGUACUGUGAUUGUGGAAAGAAGCAAGUGUCCAAAAUUAGAGAAAGGGUUUGGCUGUCUCAUUCCUAG